AACAAAGCGAACUUAAAUCCCUAAAAAAAUCGGCGUUGCAUCAAUGUGUGAAAGAAAAUGAAAAGAGGAACGACAACGAAAGAUUAGAAGAUUUUGAGAAAUGGAGCAGGAGGAGGACCGAUUAUCGAAUCUACCGAUAAUCAUUCUUCAUCACAUUUUGUCGAGUUUGCCAGAGAAAGAUGUGGCUAGGACAAGUGUUUUGUCCAAAACUUGGGCAAAUACACGGUUUACUUUUUCUAAAUUAUCCUUUUCUGAUGUUAAAUUCAGAGGUUGGAUUCCCCAAUCAAAGGAUGAUUUUGAAAGGAAGAGAAAAAAGUUUAUUGAUUAUGUGACGAGAACAUUGUCAAGGUUUUGUGAUCGAGGAUUGACUAUCAAAGAAUGUAAGAUUACAUUGAACCAUUUUGAGCUUCAUUGCAUGUCAAAGGAUGUUAAUUUUUGGUUGAAAUCGACAAGUGAAAGUGGUGUUGAAGUACUAGAACUUUGUUUGCCCAGUGGUCCCAACCAUGACGAGGAAGGUCAUGACGAAUGCUAUGUAUUACCGAUGGGUGUAAUUGAAGCAAAAUCACUUACCAAGUUGGUAUUGAUGGGGGGAAUCAGAAUUGAUCAAGCAUUCAUGCAUCAGUCAAUUAAGUUUUUUUCGUUGAUAGUAUUGUCAUUGUGGGAAGUCCUUUUGGGAAAUGAGCAUGCAAUUGAACAUCUCAUUUCUUGUUGUCCUUUGAUUGAACAUAUAACUUUGAAUCGUUGUUUGGUGUUGAGCCUUGGAGGCGGCACAAAACUCAUGAAGUGUUUGAGCAUGCUUGGUCUACCAAAGCUCAAGACAGUUGAUGUUCAAGGAAUACAAGAGGUUUAUGUCGAUGCCCCAUGUCUUGAGAAUCUAUACUAUUGUCAUGAUGUUUUGGACGCACCAUUUAAGAUUCAUUUUGAUAGCUGCAGAAAUUUGAAAGUGGUAUACUUGUCUAAUUUGAAGGGUAAUACUAUAACAAAUGAAUGGUUUCUUGAUUUGUUUUUGAAAUUCCCUUUCCUUGAGAUAUUGAAAUUUGCCAAUUGCACAAUGUCUGAGACGAUUAAUAUUUCAAGUGUUCAACUUAAGGUGUUGGAGUUAUCUCAUUGCCUUAACUUGAAGGAGGUUAACAUUGAUGCUCCAAAUCUAUUGUCAUGUACAUACACAAUUGGCGUUGUUGAUGGUUUAGAACCUGUUAUGUCUUUUGUAAGAAGUUCUAGUAAACUGGAAGUUGAUGUUGAGAUCUACAUUCAUUAUAUGGAACUUGGUUACCUGAAAGAAUUUCUCCAAAACAUUAAACCUGAAAAUGUUUUGGCAUCACUAUCACUAUCUCUAUUCAUCUACGGGAGAGUAGAGGAUGGACGGAACCCAGUCUUUCAAGUUUCAUCCCCUCCACCAAGCAUUAAACACUUGCAUCUACGCUAUUUUCCAAAACAUUAUACUUUGUUUUCGUCUCUUCUAAGUAUCAUACUUUCAAAAUGUUGCUCUACAACUAUAUCUAUGAGCUUGCAUCCUUGUUGCAGCAAAGAAUUCCUUAAGUAUUUUUUCUACGAGACACUAAUGAGAAGAAAAGACGACGAUUGCGUUUGCGGUUCUAGUGAUACCAAGUGUUGGUGGCAUGGCUUGAAGGAUUUGAAAGUCUCAACUUCAAAGAAAAUUGAUGAGAAUGUUGAUUUUAAGACUUGGUUAGAAUCGUGGACAGAAAUUCCCAAUGAGGACAUUAUCUUUAGACUAAAAUUUUAA